AUCAGCUGUUUAUGAGUUUUGUGCAUUAUAUCGGUUAUUUAUGUAUAGUGUAUUGCUAGGAGAUGUGGUAAAUUGUUUAUUGCGUAAAUUAAUAUAAAAUGUUUAUUUUAACAACAAAAGUCACGCGAUUUAUUAAGUAUGUUGCAAGUAACACUGCAAAAGCACGUCACCUCAGCGUACUCGGUAUUGAGACAUCUUGUGAUGACACUGGCAUAGCGCUGCUGAACCAAAACGGAGAAGUGCUGGGCAAUGUCCUGAAUUCACAGCAAAAAUUUCAUACGAGGUAUGGCGGCAUCAUACCGCCGCGCGCACAGGAUUUGCAUCGUGCCAAGAUCGCGGAAGUGUUCGAGCGUUGCAUGCAGGAGGCACAGCUGACACCGAACAUGUUAGAUGCUAUUGGUGUGACAACAAGACCUGGUCUCCCGCUCAGUUUGCUUGUCGGCGCGCGUUUUGCUAAACACAUCGCACGUAAAUACAAUAAACCAUUGGUGCCAGUGCAUCAUAUGGAAGCGCAUGCUUUACAGGCGCGCAUGGAACAAAAUAUACCAUUUCCAUUUCUAUGUCUACUCAUAAGCGGUGGACAUUCGCAACUAGUUUUUGUACGCAGCGCUACACAAUUCCUGCUACUCGGCGAAACGCUUGACGACGCGCCUGGCGAAGCGUUCGAUAAAAUAGCGCGUCGCUUGCGUUUGUUUCUCAUACCGAAAUAUCGUUACUGGAAUGGUGGACAAGCAGUGGAGGAUGCCGCAAAGGACGCGAAAAAUCCCGCACGCUUUGAGUUUCCCUUACCACUGGCACGAGAACGUAACUGCAAUUUUAGCUUUGCUGGCAUAAAGAAUAAUUCGUUUCGCAAUAUACGCGCGGCGGAGCGGCAGGAAGGCACACCACCGGAUGGCAUUAUCUACCAUUACCACGAUUUCUGCGCUGGACUGUUAGCGGCCGUUAGCCGACAUUUAAUGAAUCGCACACAACGCGCGCUGGAAUUCACACUGCCUUGGUUUGGCGACUCGCCACGCUCGCUAGUUGUCUCCGGCGGUGUGGCUAAUAAUGACUACAUUUUCAAUGAUCUCGCACAUUUGGCGGCGCACUACGAUUGCCGCGCGUACCGACCGUCAAAGAAAUAUUGUUCGGACAAUGGUGUUAUGAUAGCAUGGAAUGCUAUAGAGCAAAUUAAGGAAAACGCCAACUGCAUGCGUUGGGAUUACGAUGCGGUUGGCGUACAAGGCAAGGCUACGUUGGGUGUAAAUAUGCUGGAUGCAGUUACACAGGCGGGUAUCAAAUGCAAAUGGGUGCAGGCGUCUAAAUGGCGUGGUGUGCCAGCAACACUUAAAGUAGCGCUGUGAAUUGUAGUUUGUGCAGGAUUAAUAGAAAAAUUUUGUAUUAAAUUUUGGUUUAAAAGAGAGAAAGAAAAGUUUUUAAAUAAAGUUUAGUUAGAUUGUGGAGAAUUUGUUUUUCAUUUAUGGUAGUUAUAUUUAAAAAUAAAUAUGAAGUUAAAAAAUUAAGUAUUUAUACUUUUUUAGACACUUUAUGACAUUUAGUAGAUUUUCGUAUUCACAUAUUCGCCGGUUCACAACACUUUUUCUCUUCGCUUCACUCACAAAUUCUGUUUAACAAGGCGCAUUAAUUUAACUUUCUGCAUGAUUUAGCGCAUAAUAACAACAAAAACAAUAAAUUAUUUCCUCAUACACCUCCCGCUUUGCUUAAAAACGAAAAACCCGGUAUGUUAUAAUUAUGUUGUAAUUUUAUUGUUGUUGUUACAUUUUUUUAUUUAAUAUCUGAAAUCAAUAAUUAUAAUGACUAUAACUAAAGUAAUGUAAAAAUUGAUAAUGUAUAUAUAUAAAAAUAUUAAAAAAUGCAUCAUUAGUUCAUUUUUCAAUGUCGAACUACAAUCAUUUUUUGUUUGUUUAAUGUUUUUUCUUUUAUUGUAAGUAUUUGUGUGGUUACUUUAAAUUUUUUUUUACUCCUUUAACGCUUAGCUUUGUGUGUGUACGAGUUUGCGUUCACUUUUACUUAGAUUAUGCCAUUUAUGUUGGAAAAAUUGCAGUAACUUGCUAAUUUUUAUUUUAAAUUUACUGUUUGUUUGCUUGUUUUUUUUUUUAAUAAUGCACUGUACCUUUUCUGGCAUAAUUUUAUAUCGUUAAAUAUAUAUAUAAAUCUUUAUAACGCCAUAUUUAUGCGAUAAUUUGAAAAAUCCAAAACGAACGCGUUUAAUUUUAUACUGCCGUACUGCAAUAUUAACUAUUGCUGUUGUUUUAAUUUUUUUGAAUUUUUUUU